CUCCUCUUUGGGCAAGACCACCUGCAGGCUCCUGCCGCGGCUCCCUUCGGACAGGCUUCAUGCGAUCUGUCACCUCUGAGGUCCCUUGCCAUGGCUGACACAAUUUUUGGCAAUGGAAACGACCAGUGGGUGUGCCCGAACGACAGGCAGCUAGCUUUGAGGGCCAAACUUCAGACAGGCUGGUCAGUGCACACCUUCCAAACUGACCGGCAGCGCAGGACACAGGCCCUCAGUGGCCAGGAAAUGGAAGUCAUCCUGGAAGUCAUCCGACGGGCGGAGAGGCUUGAAGUUAUUGAGCAGCAAAGAAUUGGGCGUUUGGUGGAGCGGCUGGAGAACAUGCGCAAGAACAAGAUGGGCAAUGGACUUUCUCAGUGCCUACUUUGUGGGGAGACUCUCAGUUUGCUGGGGAGCACAGCUGUCUUCUGUCAAGACUGUAAAAAGAAAGUCUGCACCAAGUGUGGUAUUGAAACUCUGGGGACGUCAAAACGGCCUCUCUGGUUGUGCAAGAUCUGCAGUGAGCAGAGAGAGGUUUGGAAGCGAUCCGGUGCCUGGUUCUACAAAGGCCUUCCCAAGUACAUCUUGCCCUUGAAAACCAUCAGCAGAGCCAAAGAGUCGCCCCUGAGGCCUCACCACGUGGAAUCACCGACCCUGGAGGUCAAAGGCAUUGGUGCAACUCGCUCGUACACCUGGGCCAGGGGAAGAGUGGUGUCCAGUGACAGCGAGAGUGACUCUGAAUUCAGCUCGUCAAGCCUGGAUGACCGGUCUUUGCCUGCCAGGUUGAAGGGUGUCAAGAUAAAAAAACAAGGAGAAGAAUCAGCUGCCAGAGGUGAAGCUGCCCGAAUCCCCACCAGGAGUACUGGCCGUACCUUGGGGAGCAUCUUGUCGGAAAGCCAGAGCAGCUUGGGGAGUGAACGCGGUGGGGUCCUGAGCGCCACCGAAAGCUGCCCCAGUGACCAGCUGGCUGAAGACGAGGAUAGUGAUGCCAGCCGCGGCCUCUCUGGGAAAAGGCGUCUCCCAACCGGUCCCUGGUGCUGAUGGCAACCGAAUACCUAGAGAUCCAAGAUGUGUUCUUAUCAACUCACUACAUGGAAGUUUGAGUGAAUGGCAAUUGCAGACUGUGGUUGCACACCAGCCUUGACGACCCCGCUUUGGCAGUGUGGAGAUGGUGCCGUUGCCAUCUGUCUGUUUUGUGUUCGUGCCUCCCUUUCAUUUCUCUUAUUGCUGAAGUGGUUGGGGGCCUUGAGGAACCAAUAGGACCACCCUUAUCCAUCUCCAUCAAGCUUUGGAUAUUGGGGAGGGGGUCUUCCGUUUUUUGCUGUAAGUGCAGAGGUUCUGACGAAUCAAGAGACUUCUAAAGAAACUCCUGUUGAAUGGUCACAGUGCUGCCUAGUGGCAAGAGAGCAGAGGAGCGACAUGUAACAGCUCUAAAGAGAGGCUAACUGGACCGCAAGACUUAAUUCUUUGCGUGUGCCUAAAGACGUUUCUCGGGAAUUCUCUUUCUUGCAUUUUGCCACUGCUUGGCUUCGCAGAAAAGGUGUACAGAAACAAAGAAUUUUCAGUUGUGUACAAGGAGGAGGCAUUCUGUGGAGGUCUCGUUUCAAAAAGAAGGAAACUUAAGAUGUCAGGACAGCAACCGAUUGUGUAGGGGGCGGAGAUGAUGGGGGCUGGGGGUGGUGAGAGCUGCAGUGAACUUGGCAACCAGUUCCUCAUCUAUGCUGGUCUCUAUGUGCCUGAUGCAAAAGAGGAGAUUGGCCAGGGCAGAAAGGGCAAGGCCAGGAAUGCAUCACAUUUCUGACAACUGCACAAGGAAAACGGUCAAGCGGUGGAGGCCAAACUUCCUGGUGGGAACCUGACUGGGUUGCUUGGACAUCACCUGAGAACCUGCAGAUUGUUGCUCAUAGAGGGACUGAAGGUUGAUUUAGACUCCCAUCUUUAAUGCCAAGCAGUUGUGUUCAGUUUCUGCUUUUGCUCUCAACGACAUUGGCUAGUGCUGCCCCCCCCGGACCCUGUACACCCCCAAAGCAAAAUGGCAUUCAGGCUCACCUUGGUCUUCAGCAUGUAUUACGUGAAUUUAAAAAGCACCUGUUUCCCUUUUGGUGUAGCUUUGUAGGCUUGCCCAAAGGGGUGAGGCCACUGUGCUGUCAUAACCAGAAGAACGUUUAUCUACAAGUCCCAUCUGCAGCAGGUAACCAGGUGGGAAAUGUGGCAAGAUGGAGCUAUUUUGAACAGAAUUGCCCUUCAGCAAUACCGUCACAGUUCUCGAGUCCGUGUUUUUGUCAUGGGGAGAGAGCAGAACUCUGGUGGUGUGUUUAUUCCGGAGGGAAAUUCUUGGCCCCUGGUAGUUAAGUAUUUAUUGUAGGAAUGGGCAAGUGAUCCGUCAAAUCCAGUCUCCUGAAGGGUGCCUACCAGUUUGGCCAGGUCCAAGAUGAGGAAUAACUGCUCCCCUUCCAUCAUCUGUCCUUAGAGCCAAACUAGACGUUUGCUUUUGAAAACAUUUGAACUCUGGUUCCUCGGACCCAGCUCCGCUUCCCUGCAGCCGCACAGCAGCUGCAGUGAAUGGCUAUUAAAAAAUAAAGCAGAGCCAGUUUGGGAUCAGCAUGUUGCCGUUGAGGGGCUCCUACCUGUCCCCCACAGUCACUUUCUGUGCCAAGAUACUGCUGUUCCCCUGUUUUUCCUGCUCCGUGUGCACGGAAUGCUUCACACCGAGCAGCAAAAAUGGGGAAAUAACCCCCCAGUGCUGUUUCAGUGCAGAAAAUAGCUGGGGAGGCAGGAGGUCUUCCCCUGCGGUGGCCUUCUAAGCCCAAAGCAGCUCUGCUUUAUUUUUAAAAUAGCCCUUCUCUGAAGUUCUUGUGUGAUGUGGGGAACCCAAACCCAGAUCUUUGAAGAGGCGAAUGUCUAGUUUGGCCCUCAGUGUUGCUUCUCUGUAAACUUCGUUUCUGACCAUGAAUGUAUGAUAAGAAUUCUUGAAGUUGUGUCUUUUUCUACCAUGCUUGCUGAUCUGUAACAGAUGCCCAUCUGUUUGUUAUGGGCGGGGGGAAUAUAGCGGCAUUGGGAGAAGAACAGCUUCCUUGCCAAGCCCUCCUUUGUCAAAUCUCCUUACGUGCGCACAGUGUAUUUUGUGAUGUUUUGUAGGAAUGGUUUGUUUUGUUUUCUUGAAGGUAUGUGUCACUGUAUUCUUUUGGUUUUCUUGAUGGAAGGAAUAUACUUCUUACUUAC